UGGCGCGCAGUGAUUACGUCAUCUGCAACGCGACCGAACACUACAUGUACAAACUUUACUUAACGGAGCUCAGUUUCUUUCUUUCCUUUUUCAACUAGUGUUUAUUGUCACCGCCUGGUAGUCAUGCAGAGAGCUACGAAGUGUGUUUUCUGGCGUGUUUUCGAUCCGUCAAACGUAGGAAGUGUUCCUGCUGUCAUUAACCGAGUAUGUAUCUCUCAGUCAUGCCAGAACUAUAGUACCAUUCCACCUCCCCGGGACAAGGAGGAGAAAGCCCUGCUGGACAGCAUGCUCCGGGUGGACCAUGCCGGAGAGUACGGGGCCAAUUGCAUCUACGCUGGACAGAUGGCUGUUUUGGGAAGAACGCAAACCGGCCCUCUUAUCCAGCACAUGUGGGACCAAGAGAAGAUGCAUUUGGAGAAGUUUAACGAGAUUUUGGGGGAGAACCGCGUGCGACCAACAAUCAUGCUGCCUUUGUGGAACGUCGCAGGAUUUUUACUCGGAGCCUCUACAGCACUUCUUGGGAAGGAGGGUGCGAUGGCCUGCACUGUGGCGGUGGAGGAGAGCAUCUCUGAACACUACAACAACCAAAUCCGAACGUUAAUGGAGGCAGAUCCUGAGAGAUUCGAGGAUUUAUUACAGCUCAUCAAGGAGUUUCGUGAUGAUGAGCUGGAGCACCACGACACUGGGCUGGAACACGACGCUGAAUCAGUGCCUGGAUAUUUGGUUUUAAAGACUCUAAUUCAGGUCGGCUGUAAAGCUGCCAUUUACAUCUCGCAGCGGAUCUGAAGAAAAAAAAAAGUCUUGUAGUUUGUUGUCAUUGUGUUUUCUUUUUUUUUUUUUUUUAAACGAGUCCAGUGUUGAUUUUGAUGAGAACAAACCUAAAGUUAAGUAAUGAAUCAUCCUGCACAGGAACAGAAAGAGCUUUUGUAUAGAAUUUAAAUUAGAACUAAAGAGCUUGUAUUUCCAUCAGUUAUUUUUAAUUUUUUAUUUAAUAUACUCAAAUUAUUAUAUUUGUUUUGCUUGAUUGAUUUGACUGAUUGUGGGCCAUACCAUACUUUUCAUCUGGUGGUGGGGGAUUUUUAUUCCCCAAAGAUGUUUCAUUACACUUGUAAUAAAAAGUGUGAUUGUA